GCACCUGAGCACUAUAUAGAGUGACUGAUAUAGAUCCCAUAGGGAGAAUACACAGUCUCUGCACCAUCCAAGGGGAAGAACGUAUCAAAAUAUGUUGGAUCUUAUUUUUUAUUUUUGUCCCUAAAAAUUUGAAGCUUGCAAUAAACGUCACCGUCGGCAUGAAGGGAUUAGAAAAAGCCUCCCUGGUCAGUGACAAAUCAACAAAGAUGUAUUCGCUAACUAUCAACAGUGGGGAACAGAGAAACAAUAAUAAUGAGAAACAUCAAGAUGAAGAGUCCACCAACCCACACCACUGUCACAACCAUAGCACAAAGGCUUAUGAUGCCAGACAGAAAGAGCACAACAUAGCCAAAAAGAAGCUCUACAUUACAUCAGCCAUUUGCCUGGCAUUUAUUGUGGCUGAAAUUGCAGGUGGUUACAUUGCAGGAAGCUUGGCUGUUGUAGCUGAUGCUGCUCACCUUUUUGUGGAUCUUUCUAGUUUCUUAAUUAGUCUCUGCUCCCUGUGGUUGUCCUCAAAGCCAGCAACAAAACGACUUACCUAUGGCUGGUACAGAGCAGAAAUUGUUGGUGCCUUGCUAUCCAUGAUCACCAUAUGGGUAGUGACAGGAGUGCUAGUCUAUCUGGCUUGCGAGAGAAUCCUCCAUCCUGAUUACACCAUUGAUGGCACAGUCAUGCUCAUCACAUCUGCCUGUGCAUUAGGCGCCAAUGUAGUCUUGGCUUUGGUCCUGCAUAAUACAGGACAUGGUCACAGUCACUCAGGAGGUCAGCAUCAACAUAUGGCACCUGAUUACAAGCUUCAAACUAAUGCCAGUAUACGUGCCGCCUUCAUCCAUGUCAUCGGAGACCUGUUUCAGAGCAUCAGUGUGCUCAUUAGCGCACUCAUCAUAUAUUUCAAGCCACAGUACAAGAUCGCCGACCCAAUUUGCACAUUUAUUUUUUCCAUUUUUGUGCUGGCCACAACAGUUGCCAUUCUACGAGACGUUCUACUUGUGUUAAUGGAAGGAGUCCCACGGGAGAUUAAUUAUAGUGCUAUAAAGCAGAGUAUUCUUGCAGUGAAAGGGAUUAAAUCGGUGCACAGCCUUCAUCUUAUGGCUUUAACAAUGAACCAAGUCAUCCUCUCAGUUCAUGUUGCCACAGAUGUCUGUGAAGAAUCUAUGAGAAUUUUAAAGGAUGUAACAAAGAACUUAUUUGACAACUUCCCCUUCCAUUCAGUCACCAUUCAAGUUGAACCAGCUGAAGAACAGAAUCCGGAGUGCAUAUUUUGCUAUGAACCAGGCAAUGGAAUCUAAAUCUAAGUCUUCUCUACAAAUCAAUAUCUCAUUUUUAGCGCGCUCUGAGUGUAACGUGCAGAUCAGAAGAGAAAUCAUUUACCG